GAUUGGCUGAACAUGCGGGAACAAGGAAAACCUGACUGAAGAACGAGGCAUUUAAGCUUAAGGGCCUUGGAUCUGGGCGCGGUGGCUCAGGCCUGUAAUCCCAGAACUCUGGGAGGCAGAGAUGGGUCAUUCGAGGUCAGGAGUUCGAGACCAGCCUGGCCAACAUGAUGAAACCCCGUCUCUACUAAACAACACAAAAGUUAGCCAGGCGUGGUGGCGGGCGCCCGUAAUCCCAGCUACUCGGGAGGCUGAGGCAGGAGAAUCGCUUGAACCCACAGACUGUCAAGAGAUGGAGGCUGCAGUAUGCCGAGAUCGCCCCACUGCACUCCAGCCUGGGCGACAGAGUGAGACUCCAUCUCAAGAAGCGCCUGCCACCAUGCCCGGCUAAUUUUUGUAUUUUUAGUAGAGACAGGGUUUUACCACGUUGGCCAGGCUGGUCUAGAACUCCUGACCUCAGGAGAUCCAGCUGCCUCAGUCUCCCAUAGUGCUGGGAUUACAGGAAUGAGCACUGCGCCCGGCCAAAAAACCGAAAAUCUUAAAGGCCUUUCCCCUUCCCUCACUGGGCUCAAACAACAGCGGGAGCCGCCCUGCCACGCCCCGUCGCGGUCCAGGGGAGCAGGCUAGCUGACUGAGGGCGAUCAUGGGCCCCAAAAGGGCUGCGGGCGACGCGGGCUCCCACCUCGGGGCGCAGCGACUGGGGCGAGAGGUGCCGGCAGCCCCCAAGCCAGCCCCGCGGCAAGGAGCCAGAGAGACGCGCCCUCCCCCUCCUCCCACGCAAGCCUCACGCAGCGGGGCGGGCCAGUCGCGGGAGAAAGGGGCGCGCUCGCCCCGCCUGGGGAACCGGGGCCUCUCCCGGGCAGGUUCCCCUUUGUCCCGGGACUCUGGGCGCCUCCUCUCCGCCCUCGCCCUGCCCCGUGAGGCCGCCACUGGGCGCCUCACCGUGAUGUUGCAGUGGAGCGUGAGCUGCGGCGGCGGCUCCUGGUUCUUGUGGAAGAUAGAGGCCAACAACUUCAGCCUGGGCUUGAACCCUCACACGGACAUUUUACUCUCACCUCUGGCGGGAGGGGCGCGGAAGGUGAGCCAGUCGGGAGCCGCUGUCACGGCCGCAACCACCCGCGGGACCUCUCGGCGGCGCUCUCCCAACUCCGCCUCUCCCUGCUGCCUCAACUCUAGUCGGAGUAGGGCUGGAAAAUGGCAAGGAGCACCGCGGCCUCUGCGGGGAGCUGUGUGGCGGCCUGGGCGGCUGCUCCCCUUGUAACAGACUCCACCGACAGGACGCGCUGCUCCUGUCAAGCCGCAGCUUAAAAGGGCAACAGCACCACCGCCCCCGCUACCGCCUGGGAAAGGGCUGCCCCCACCCCGCUCCCGUCCCUCUCGCCCCUCACACCCGUCGCCCCUCACCCCUCAACCCGCGCGCCUCCUGCGCACCCGUUUCGGCGGCUGCAGGAGUCCAGAGCAUGCGCGCGCUUCCGGCUGCCCCCUCCUCGGCUUGACCCAGCACUGUUGGACCCAUCUGGUCCGUUCUUCACACUCGCGGACUGGAGGCUCCGGGCAGCACAACCACCAACUCGUAGUUCAUUAGUUUCUGUUUGCUCUCAGUUAAUAUCCAGCUCAAUAGAUUGUCACCAACCAUGUGCCUAGAGCUAACUGUGUUAAGAAGAGCAUGCUUCAAGUGGCUGGAGUGAGCAAUUCAACUUGUGGAGGAAUGAGAAGUGACAGUGUUGAGACAAGCAACAUAAAACCCCAGGGAUGGCUGUGGGGAUCAAGGGAGACACUGGCCAUAGGGAUACUAUGUUAACUGCAGAUGCGGCUGUAGGAGCACUUUCCUAACUUCCAAUGUGAGUUCAGACUCUUCAGGCUAUUUGGCACCCAGAUCUAUGGUGAGGUGUGACAUAUGGGAUGUAAAGUUUGAUGCCUGCUCUGACUCCAGUCUUGCUAACACACACGAAACCUUUGGCAAAUCAUGACCCUGCCUUGGGGAAAAGGGCAGUCUGGGAGAGCUUCUUCAAGGCAGCCUGGCUUCAAUGCAGUCUGGGGCAUGACUGAGAUAGGCAUACGUGGUGAGGAACUGGAGGGUAACUGGGUAAAGAGCUGCAGUGUGGGCAGAGGUGUAGUGUGGGUCACAUCGCGGAUAGCCACUGGCCAAAGCAGGGAACAGAGACAGAAUGAGGAAGAGCUCUGUGGGGAGGGUGGGGCACAGGGUGGAGAACCUUCAAAGUCCAAAGAGUAUGACUUGUGGGAUUCAACGCUGUAGGCAGUAGGGAGCCAUGGAAGGCUCUUAGGUGGAGAAAUGACAGCUGGACAUUAAUGAGCAAGCCCUGUCUCCCUGAGCAGCAUGGGUGGUCCUCUGAGCACGCCAGGCACGAGUGUGCAGGGAGCUGGUGCAAAUGCCUCUGUGUGCGGGUGAGCAUCUGUGUUGUGACUCUGCCCACGCAUGUACUUCAGUGUGCCGAGUGGCUGCACGCCCCAGAUCGAUGCGGCACGUGCCGGCCGGUGAGGGUGCUGGGCACCGGGAGGUGGCGGAGAGGGCGACGUAUGCGUGUUGUUUGUGGGCAUGUGUGUUAGCGUGUGCAUGCGGGCCGUGGGGCCUCACAGCAUGUGUGUGCACACUCCGGCAUGUGCGUGUGUGUGUCCCCCACCCCCAGGCCUGCCCCACCCAUGCAUGUGACCUGCCAUGUGAUUUGAAGCUGUCUUUCAGAAUCACUAUCAGUGGCCCUUGAGGAGCGUCAGCCAUGGUAGGUACAUGUCUCGCUGCCUGCUGCAUGAAUGGUCUGCCCACCCCGCUGCCCCAGCUCCACAUAGGGGGCAUGACUGGAGCCUCAGAGCCAGGCUCCCUGCCCCUCCCUUCUGGAGCUGCAGACUUGCUCUUUCCUCUUUCUGUCCUUGUGCUGCUGGCUGUCUCACUUUGCUCCCUGUGAGCCACGGGACUCAGUGCCACUGCUCAAGGUCUCCAUGGCUGAGCCUGGGGGCUCUUACAACAGGCUCCAUGCCCAAGGUGGCAGAUGUGGAACCAUCAGAGAGGGCACAGAGCUCAUGGUUUAUGGUGUAGGGGCUGGGAGCUUGGAGGGGGUUGUGUGUGGGGCUGGACUCAGGCGGCCAGAGGCCUGGGAACAUCAUCCUGGGCACGCCGUACCUGUCAUGCAGUCUGAGUCAUGCUGCCAGGGCAGGUAUCCAGCUCCCAGCCUGGGAGUGCCAAGAGGCAAAUCCACUGCAAAGUAGGGGUGAUAGUCACGGUCCCACGUCCUCUAUCUGUCAGCAAUCCAGUGGUGAUCUAGGAUAAAAGCCUGAGAGUCCUAUACACGCGGUCAUCCCACAACACACUUCAUAGGCCAUGGAAGGACACACAGCCCCCUUCCCUCCCUCCCAGGUACCAUGAUAGCUGCUAGCGUGCGACUGAAGGCAGGGUCCCUGGCCCCUGCUGAAGCACUACUGCUGGCCAGCAGGCUCACGCACCUUGGCCUGUUGCUUCUAGGGGUCGCCUGUGCUAUUCAGCCAAGGGGACCACAGUGCAUGCUGGCCCAGCUGAGCUCCGCCUAGAGAGCUCACUUCCCUUUCCUGCCACGGAGUCUCCCUCUUCUGCUUUUCCCAGCAAGAAGGGCUCAGCCUCACCUAUGUAACCUGCAGCCCCCCGCCAACCAGUUGAGGCUCCCCUGUUAGACUUAGAAGUCUGUGGCCAAUGGCAUCCGGCUACCUGCCCUCCCUGCCUUCCCCAGGGUCCCUCAGAGGACCCUGGGCUUUCUGAUGGCCCAGAGGGGCCUCUGGCAUUCACUCCAGCCAGCCAUCCCUUAUAGCUCCACCAUUUUGGUUCAAUCAGUGUUCCUUCUCUAUCAGGUCUGGUGGCUGUUGGAUGGGGCUCUCCAAGCAAGAGGUGGCCCUGGGCCAGUGGGUUGGAAGACAUGGGGACCACAGAAGAGGGAAGCCCGAGGGAGCUGGCAUUGGUCUGAACUGUGGGUGGAUGGGUGGAUUGCCUGGGUUCCAUGAGACAGGCCAGAAUGUGUGGGGUAGGGAGGGCCGCCGCAGUCCCCAGGCACUACCUAUGAAGCUCCGGCUUCUCCCUCCAUCUUCCUCCCCUUUCCUUUCCAGCCCCUCUUUUCCAGGAACCUUGCCAUGCCCACACCUACGCCCUCCCCUGCCCGGCCCUCCCACAGCUGCUGCAGCGCACCCAUACUCUGCACUUGCCUCACCAGCUCUGGCUUUUCUCUAACCCGUUUUCUCUCUGCUUUCUCUCCAACUGCCAGCUGAUCGGGUCAGGCAAGUCCAUCCCGUCCUGAGAGCCCCAGGCCCCACUUCGACCUCUAAACAGAUUCCUCCUCUUCUCAGAGACCUCUCUUUCCAAGCCUGCCUGGGUGGGUGUCCUGUGACUUGACAGUGGCUCCCCCAGCCCCAAAGCCAGCCCCCUUCAUCUGUGACUUAGUCUGUUGUAGUGGUGAGCUGACACGUCCAGGUGUGACCGUUGCUGAAAACUUGUGCCCCCUCUGUGGUAUGCCCCUGCCCUGUUCUAUAAAUAGCUAUAAAUUCUCUCUCUCACACAAACGCACACACACAUAUACAUAUAUAUACUUGGCCAACUGCCUCGCCUCUAGCACUGGGAAUCAGUCCCCGUGCUGUGCUUGUGGAGUCUUGUAGCCCAGCAAGAGGAAGCUGUCUCCUGACAUCGACCCUCCAAAGUGCACCACCUCCAGUGAGCUUCCGGGACAUGCACGGCCUGUGGACAGCCAGCCCCCGCCAUCCCUCCCGCCCUUCUGGCCAAGCAUGGCGGCACUGUGCAGGCAGCCGUGUGGCCUGACAGUCUCUACCAGUCCUGCUGUCCCUCGGCUGAGAAACCCAUUUCUGGAUGACAGAGAAUGUGUCCUCUGCUGGCUGUGUUCUCUAUGGAGCUCAGGGGAUGGAAAAGGCCAAGUCAUUUUUAGGGUGUUGUUGGGAGCAGUGAAAAGGUCACACCCUUUUCAAGGGACACUUUUCCUGGAAAGUCCCUGGAGCUUAGCUGGCUCUUACCCUGUGAAGCCGGCUCCGGCAACUAGGGCACAGGGCCCUGAACUCAGCCUGGAGGGAACCUGCGGGGCAGCCGGCACUCUGGAGGGACAGACAGGCCACCCGGUGCAGACAGGAGAGGGAGGCAGGGGGACAGAACGGAAGACACCUGGGGUGGAUGGAAGUCAGUGACCUUGGGCACUGGUAUCUGUCUUCCCUGCCACAGCUAGAUCAGGCUUCUCAACCAGUUGGCUGUCAGGGCCAGAGUGUACUCCGUAGGCACCAUGGCAGUCCCCAUGAAAUCCACCAGGUGUCACCAGGCAGCAUACAGGUAACAGGCCUGGAAGGUCCCCAACAGCCCAGCUGGACAUGCUGAGACACUCUGGGGCUCCUCAUUCAGUGGGACAAACUGCAGGACCCAGUGAGGGAAACGGGAACAUAACAGGCCGAGCAGUAUGGCUAAAUCCAUUUAUUCCAAAAUCAAAAGCAAAAAAAAACAGGAGUCCCAUCACCAGGGAGCCAUGACCCCAUCCCCGCCUCCUUCCUCGCUCCUAUGCUAGCAAUAAAUAAGUUUCCCAGCCGCGAAUAAUUAUAAGAACCUCUUCCUCAUAUGCCAGCUGCAACCUCCGCUAGGUACGAUACAGAAUGUUACACAGCUACAGUAUGUACACGGGGGAAGAGGGGCCACCCCCAGCAGCCUGUGCCCUGGCCUGGUCUACAGUUAACUCCACUGUCCCGCCUCAGCUGCCUCUCUGAGUAAGAAGAUGGGAGCCCCCCUGAGGGAAAAGUUGCUUUGGUGAGAGUAAGAAGGCCGUCAGACCUCCUCCAAACAAACCAACUCCACCAACCUCUGGCUCUUAAAUAACAAACAUCAUCAUCCAGAAAUGUAAGGACUCAGCCUUGGUCAAGGUGGUAAAGGGUCUGUUUGUCUCCCUCCAUUAGACAAGGGUCUUGUCUUGCUACCCUAAUGGUAAAGGGCUGACCGGGGAGGGGUUGUAGGGACAUGGUGGGGGUGAAGACUCCAGACCCACUUCUCCAGGCUUAUGCUGACAGGGGCCUGCUUUUAUUUAUUUUUAUUUUUAUCCCAUGACUUUUUUUAAAUCCUGUAACUUCUUUUUCGUAACUUUUUAAAAUAACUUUUCAUAAAACUUUUUUUUUAACUUUUUUUCCACAACUUUUUUUGCCACUUUUCCACGGUAUUUUUUUAUCCUGUAACUUUUUCAUCCCACAACUUUAAUUUCUGUAACUUUUUUAGUUUGUGUUCUUUUAAUAAACACACUUACAUAGUUACAAUUUUGUAAGAAUAAAAACCGAUUACCUCAUGCCAA